AUGUUCUAUCACUUGUAUGGCCUCUCUGCUGAGCUAUCGGUAACAUCUUCGAAUCCCGCUGCUUACGAGGGCGACGACAACUCGAAUCAUGAUCGCCAAGGCGUUUUCCCACCGCACAUCACCAUUUUUGACUCUGCCCCUGGUUGCUGGAGCUACUCGAGCUCCCAAGUCGUGCUCGCUGGGCCGCCUGCAGGAAUGACCCGCACUCUGCUGUUACCGCUCGUCCACUUGCUAGGGAUGUGGUGGGCGAUUAAGUAUACGCUACUCAAGGUACCAGAGGAGACGUAUGUGUGGGGGCUUGCGCACAAUGACCUGGCCCGAGCCCGCGAAGCCUGUCGCUCAUAUAUACGUAUAGCGAAGCCGAUGAGCUUGUUUUACCAUCAGUGUGUUGAGAAGCACGCCGACCACGUCGAGGCCAACGGCUAUGUGGUUGUGAGCAGGGUGAGCAUUCCUGAUAGCCAGCAUGUUGCGCAUGCCCGCUCGUACCCUGACAAAUAUCGGGUUCUCAUUAGGGAUACUUGGGGAGGCAGGACAAAAGACUGUGGAUGA